AUGACUCCCACACUUGAUCUUGAAUUUGAUAAUUUAGAAGAGGCAUGGCAGUAUUGGGUUGGCUAUGGCAAAAGAAUGGGAUUUGGUGUUAGAAAGGAAAACUCCAAUAAAAGCAAGAAAGAUGGUUCUAUCAUAUAUUAUAAAUAUGUUUGUCACAAGGAGGGAGUGAGAAAACCAGAUAAAAGAGAUUUCAAAAUUAGGAAGCCUCGACAGGAAACAAGAACUGGGUGUGAAGUCAGAAUGAUAGUUAAAAAAGUGAAUGGAAGAUUUAGAGUUAGUGAACUUUAUUUGGAUCAUAAUCAUCCUUUAGAGCCUCAAGAAACUGUUCACAUGUUUGCAUCACAGAGGAAAUUACCAGAAGCACAAGGUUAUGCUUUAGAAGCUGCUGAAGACGUCGGGAUUAAGCAAAAAGCCUCUUUUAAUUUAAUGAGUAAAUAUGUAGGAGGGAGGGCUAAUUUAGGAUAUACUGAAGAGGAUAUAAAGAGUUAUCUAAGAGCAAGGAGACAACGAAAAAUGUGCUAUGGUGAAGCCGGGUGUCUACUUCGUUAUUUCCAACAUCAACUAAUAGAAAAUCCUUCAUAUUUUCAUGCCUAUCAAGUGGACUCAGAAGAUCGAAUAACUAAUGUAUUUUGGGCUGAUCCACGUAUGUUGUUAGAUUAUGAUUGUUUUGGGGAUGUCAUUUCAUUUGAUACAACAUACUCCACCAAUCGUGAAAAUAGACCGCUUGCCAUUUUCUCAAGUUUCAAUCAUUAUAGAGAAGUAGUGAUAUUUGGUGCUGCAUUAUUGUAUGAUGAGACCAUUGAAUCUUUUAAAUAG